AAUAAAAAGAUAUGAGUGUAGGAUUCAAGAGAAAUACAGAAAAAGAAAGGGAGAAUGAAAUUGCUGCUUUUAAGAGUAAAAAAGGAUUUGUUCAGAAAGGAGUUGAUGAUCUUGUGAUGUUACCGAAAAUUGAUGAAAAUGAGAUUGUAGAUAACUUAAAGAAAAGAUAUAAUUAUGAUGCCAUUUAUACUAAUAUUGGACCUGUCCUUAUUGUUAUUAAUCCAUUUAAAGAUCUUGGGUUAACUACUGAUGAAUAUGUUCAUUUGUAUAAAGGAAAAUUUAGACAAGAACUUCCUCCUCACAUUUUUGCUUUAUCAGAAGAAACAUAUAGAAAUAUGAAAAAUGAAAAAUGUAAUCAAUGUUGUAUUAUUUCAGGAGAAUCUGGUGCUGGUAAAACAGUUGCAGCUAAACAAAUUAUGCAAUAUAUUGCUGCUGUUUCUGGUGGAAAUGAGAAAGUAGUUUAUGUUAAAAAUGUUAUUUUAGAUUCUAACCCAUUGUUAGAAGCUUUUGGAAAUGCCAAAACAUUAAGAAACAAUAACUCAUCUCGUUUUGGUAAAUAUUUUGAAAUUAAUUUUGAUGAUCAUGCUGAUCCAGUUGGAGGAACAAUUACAAAUUAUCUUCUUGAAAAAUCACGUGUGUGUACACAACAAACUGGAGAAAGAAAUUAUCAUAUUUUUUAUCAGUUAUUAGCUGGUGCACCAGAAAAUUAUUAUAAUGACUUUUAUUUAACUACACCAGAUUAUUUUGUUUAUACUAAUCAAUCUAAUUGUAUGGUAGUUGAUGGUAUUGAUGAUAAAAAAGAUUACGCAGAUUGUGUUAAAGCUAUGAAUACUAUUGGUAUUUCUGCUGAUGAACAAUAUUGGAUAUUCCAAUUAGUUGCUGCUAUUCUUCAUUUAGGAAAUGUUUAUUUCACUGAAAAUUCAUCAGGAUAUGCUGAAAUUACAGAUAAAUCUGCAUUAGAAACUGCUGCUUAUCUUCUUGAGGUAGAUCCAGGACAACUUGAACAUGUUAUGUUAGUAAGAAAAUUAACUACUGGAGUUGGAGCUAGAGCUGAAGUUUUUGAUUCUCCACUUACAGUAGAACAAGCUGAAGCUACUAAAAAUGCUAUAGCAAAAGAAAUUUACGAUAGAAUUUUCACUAUGUUAGUUCAAAAAGUUAAUAUUGCCUUACAAAAACAUGGAAUAGAACAUCAAUGUGUCAUUGGUAUUCUUGAUAUCUUUGGAUUUGAAAUUUUCCCAGUUAAUGGAUUUGAACAAUUCUGUAUUAAUUAUGUUAAUGAAAAAUUGCAACAAUACUUUAUUGAAUUGACUUUGAAAACAGAACAAGAAGAAUAUAUUGCUGAAGGUAUUAAAUGGACUCCAAUUAAAUACUUUAAUAAUAAAGUUGUUUGUGAUUUAAUUGAAGGAAAAAAUCCACCAGGAAUGUUUAGUUUAUUGGAUGAUAUUUGUGCUACAAUGCAUGCACAAACUGAAGGUGCUGAUUUUAAAUUCCUUGAGAAAUGUUGUUCUGUUCAUUCAACAAACCAACACUUUAUACCAUCAGGAGAAACAUUUACAGUCCAACAUUAUGCUGGACCUGUAAGUUAUUAUUGUGAAGGAUUUUGUGAAAAGAAUAAAGAUACAUUGUUCCUUGAAUGUGUUGAGUGUCUUCAAACAUCUAAUAAUCAAUUACUUUAUGAUUUGUUCCCAUGGAGUGCUGAACAAGAAGCUGCUAAAACUGGUCAAAAGAAGAGACCAACAACUGCUGGAUUUAAAAUUAAAACAUCUGCAAAUGAGUUAAUGGCAGCAUUGUCACAAUGUCAACCACAUUACAUUCGUUGCAUUAAACCAAAUGAAACAAAGAAACCACAAGACUGGGAUGCUGAUCGUGUCAAACAUCAAGUUAAAUAUCUUGGUUUACUUGAAAAUGUUAAAGUUAGAAGAGCUGGUUUUGCCUAUCGUGCUCCUUUUGCUCGUUUCCUUCAAACAUACAAAAAAUUAUCACCAAAGACAUGGGGUACAUGGGGAGAAUGGACAGGAGAUGCUAAAGAAGGAUGUAGAUUAAUUCUUGAAGGACUCACAAAUAUUGAACCAGGUCAAUGGCAGUUUGGUACUACUAAGUUAUUCAUUAGAUUGCCAGAGUCUAUUUUUGCUAUUGAAGAAAUGCUUGAAAAAAUGGACUUUGAUAAGGCUGUUGAAAUUCAAAAAGCAUGGAAAGGUUAUAGAAAUAGAAAGAGGGCAUUAUCUCAAAGAGCAGAAGCUGCUUCUAUAUUGAAAGGAAAGAAAGAACGAAGAAGAGAGUCUGUUGAUUAUACUAACAAUAAAUGGACUGCUGAUUAUAUCAAUUAUGAGAAUGAAAUUCCAUUGCAAGAAGCUAUGGAAGGACAUAUGGAUGAAUUAGUUAAUUUCGAUGAUUGGGUGAUGAGACUUAACAAAAAAGGAAAGAUUGAAAACAGAGCAUUAUUACUUACAGAUAAAGCUAUUUACAUUGCUCAAAGACAAAUUAAGAAGAAGGUUUUAAAAUAUAUUGUUACAUUUAGAGGUGAUUUAUCUCAAAUUAGUGAAGUUGUUAUGAGUACAAUGCAAGAUAAUUUCAUGGUUAUUAGAGUUAGAGGAGCUUAUGACUCAGUAUUGUUAUGCCCUCAUAAGACAGAAUUCUUGAUGAUGCUUUUAGAGAAUUAUAGAGCAUUGAUGAAUGGUCAAAGUUUCCCAAUUAACUUUAGUGAUUCAAUUUCUUUCAGAGGAAAAGAUGAAAAGAAAGAUAAAUUACUUGUAUUUAAGAAAGAUGAUGGACCUAAGACAUUACCUGUAGAAGAACAAAAAUCCUUCAGUAAACAUGUUCUAGUAAGAACUGGUUUACCAAAAGAAACAGACACAACACCAGGAAGUUAUAAUUCUUCUGUUUCUUCUUAUGCUGCUCCUACUGCCUCCUCCUCAAAUAAUUAUUCUGCCCCUCCAAUGAAAUCUGCUCCUCCAGCUCCACAGGUUGCUGCCCCACCUCCUCCAAAACCAAAAUUGCCACAAGUUAAAGCACUCUAUCCAUAUACUGCUGCUAAUGACGAAGAGUUAUCAUUCAAAGUAGGUGAUAUCAUUACUAUUCUCGAAAAAGAUGAAGGUUGGUGGAAAGGAGAAUUGAAUGGACAAGAAGGCUGGAUUCCUAACAACUAUGUCAAAGAAAUUUAAUUUCAAGUUUUUCUUCAUUAUUCUUUUUAUAUUUAAUUAAAAAUUCGACAAUGAAGUGUUAAUAGAUUUGUCAUUUAUUUUCAAUUCUGUAUUGGAUAUUAUCCAUAUCAUUCAUCAUUAAAAUCAGUAUUUGCUUUGAUAGUAUUCUCUUUCUUCUGUUGAUUUAUUCUUUUUAUUUUAUUUUUAAAGAAUAUCUUUCUUUAUUUCUUAUUUUAUGUUGAAUGAAUAUUGAAUUACAACUAUAUUAUUAUAUCUAGUUUCUUUUCUUAUUAUUCUUUCUUAUUAUCUUAUUUCAUUCUUUGUAUUAUUAAUUAAUACAUUUUUUAUUCAAUUACAUCAUCAUAAUCAAAUAUCAAUUGAUAUUUCAUUAUUUGAUUUUGUAUUAUUGUUUGUGUUGUCACCUCUAAAC